AUGUGUGCUGUUACAUGGUUGUGCUUUGUUAUUCUGCUUACUUUCUCUACUGGAGACAGAUUAUCUCGAGUGGAUGAAGAAAAUGCAGCUCACUAUCGAUUCAUUCAAGAAUACGAGGGCCAAAUACGGCACAACCAAAAUGUGGACCGGAAGAAAACAGAGGGGAAGAAAAUGACUCUUUUGGAAUUGUCUCGUUUAAACAAAGAACGGCAGGUAACUCCACAGGCUGCUUAA